AUGUCACCAAGUCAAGUUACACAGGAAAACUCAACACAAGUUUUAUUAAAUAUAAGAAAAACUCAUCCAGUUAAUCAUUCGAAACAAAAACCAUUCAAAGUUGAUGAUAAAGUAAGAAUUGCAAGAGCAAAAGGAAUUUUUGAAAAAGGCGCCACAAGUAAUUUUAGUGAGGAAAUUUUCACGAUAAAUAAAGUUAAAAAAACACCUCAAGGAUAUGUUUAUCGCUUGAAAGAUUAUGAUGGAGAAGAUAUAACAUCUAUUUUUUAUCAUUAUGAGCUAGCUAAAGCUAAUGAAACAAAAAACUCAUUAACAAAAUUUACGAAUCGUCUACAACAUGCAAUUGCUCUCGAUGGAGAUUGGGUUGUAGGAAUUCAAGAAAUUUUUUAUCCAAUAGACUUGACACAGGGUUCAAGUGACGUGACUUUUAAUAUAAUAGGUGGUGGUCCAAGCUCAUAUUGGAUAACCAUAACUGAAGCUGAUGAUGUACAAAAAUUCGUUAAUAAAUUUAAUGCUAAAGUUUCAAAAAUAUUUGAUAAACUCAAAAGUGAUCUUCAAAAAUCAAAAAAUGCUAAUAGGGUGCAAGGGAUGCAAAGUGAUCAAGCACCACAAACUGAACAAGUACUAUCUCCAGAAGGGUUUGAGUUUGUUGUGCAUGGAAUAGUGAACAAUCAAACAUAUGACAUUUUUACAAAGGAGCUUUAUCUGAAUAAUCUUUAUGCUCUUCAUAAGAAAGAGCGAAACCCUAAAGAAUUGCCUGUUGAUGUAAAACGUCUUAGUAUUGAGGCUAAAUUAAUAAACGAUAAUCUUGAAUAUACUGAUGAGAAAAAAGAAGAAUUGAUUACUAAACUAUACGAAAGAGUAGGAAAAACUCGAAUGUCAGAAGAAAUGUUCCUAGCAGAAGAAAAGGAGAUAAUAAAAAAUCCUGAUCUCUCAGAGGACGCGAAAGAUAGAAAAUUGGAAGAACUCUAUACUUCUCAAGGUCGUGCACCGCCACCUAAAAGAGCAAGAAAAGACCCAGAUGUAGCAAAAUGGUUCAAACAAUUCAAUGCAAAACGACGGGAAUUAUCUGAAAAAAAUAAAGAGCUCAAGAGGAAAAAUGAAGAACUUGCUUCAAAACAAACUGAAAUAAACGACUUGUUUGAUAAAUUUACAACCGCUGAAAGGAAACUCAAUACAAAACUCGAUGAGAUUAAAGAAUUGAAUAAAUCAAUACAGAGUUUCGAGAAUGAGAAAACACAAUUAAACAAAGCCCGGGAUGAUCUUUCGAGAGAAAAACAAGCUUUAGAGAGAGAAAAAGUAGAACUUAUGAAAAGGUUGAAUAAAGCUGAUGAUGAGAUUAAGACCAAGAAAGAAGAAAUUUCACGUCUAACAACAGAAGCAAACAAAGUGAAUCCUCUUGAAAGACAACUUGCUGAAGCAAAAAGGAAAUAUGAUGAUUUGAAAACUGAAAAAACAGGAAUCGAUCAAGCAUUGUUUAAGGCAGAAAAGGAACUUAAUACUAAAAAGGAAGAAAUCAGACGUCUCACAACAGCUGAAACAGAAAGAAAGUAUGGUUCAUUAAAAACUGAGAAAGAAGGACUUGAAAGAAAGAUUGCAGAAACGGAAAGAAACUUGAGUACUUGUAACAGUAAAGUCGCUGAUUUGGAUGCAAAGAAAGCGAAAAUUGAAGCGUUAGAGAGAGACAUCACCGGAAAAGAUCAGCAAAUGAGAGAUAAACAAAUCGAAGUAAACAACUUGACCGCUGAACUAACAAAAGUUAAACAAGCACUUGACGAAUCUCAAAACAACUUGAAUGUAACCAAAGAUGAAUACACAAAAGAAAUUAACAAAUUAAAGGUAGAACUUGGUCUACAAGCUGAAAAUACAACGGAUGAAGUGACUAGUGAUAAACCACCAAGAUUAGAAUAUUCAAAAGGAGUAAUAUCGAUGAUAAGAGGGUGGUUAGGAAACAUUAAAUUGAUUCCGAAAUUUAAUGAUGCUGCUUUUAUAAAUGCUCUUGGUUUUAUUGAUGAUCCUAGUGAACAGUUGAUUACAAAUCCAAAAGUAACUGCAUCUAGGCCAGCUGAUUUGAAUGCAAGAUCAAGUUUAAUGUUUGUUUAUUCAGAUAUUGUUGCCCCUCAUUUUGUUGGCGAUACAUUUACGAGAGUCUUAAGAAUUUUACCUCUAAAAAGAGGGCAAAGACAUGAGAUUGUUCAUGAGAGAUUUGUAAAGCCUUUUUAUUAUCCUGUGAGGACAAAUCAAAUUGAGGAUGUGAAUUUCAUUUUGACUGAUGAAACAGGAAAUCCAAUUAAAUUUGCUUCAGGAAGGGUGGCAAUUGGUUUACAUUUAAAACGCUUUGUAUAA